UGCUUGCUGCCACUGCCCUCUCUCCCACUACUCGCGUGCCGGAGCAGCAAGGGGCGGCGACGAGGAGAUCAGCCAUGCAGCUCUUCUCGGGCCGGAGCAAGGAGCACAGGAACGGCGGAGGCGGGGGCAAGUGCCAGGCCGCGGCGGCGACGGCGGCUCGGCACAGGAGUGGCAGGUGCCGCGCGCUGUGCUGCGGCGCGUCGCGGCUGAGCGUGUCCUCGUCGGCGUCGUGCUCGUCCGCGGACGCGGCGCCGGAGCCGCUCCCCCUGCCGCCGCCGCAUCCGCAUCCGCAUCCGCAGCAGCCCCGCAGCCUGUCCAAGCUCGCGCACGGGAUGGUCCAGGCGCGGCUGCAGUCCAUGAUCGACGCCGCCUCCGAGGCCGCUCGGCCGCCGGCCCCGGCCCCGGCGCCGCGCCGCACGCCGGACGAGCUCGUCGCGGAGCGGCCCCGCUGCGGCCUCCCGCGCGCGUGGGCCCGCGGCGGCCGCUACGAGAAGAGCGGCGGCGGCCGGGAGCGGGCGGCGGGCGGGCGUGCGUGCGUGGUGCUGCUGGCGGAGGACCGGCGGACGCACGAUCCGCGGGAGGAGUUCCGGCGGUCCAUCGCGGAGGUGAUCGCGGCAAAGCGGAUGGCCGAGCCCGCGGAGCUGCGGGCGCUGCUCAACUGCUACGUCUCGGUGAACGCGCGCGAGCACCGCGCCGCCAUCCUGCAGGCCUUCCACGAGGUCUGCUCGGCCCUCUUCUCCUGCAAGCAGCUGGGCUGAACGAGCUCGGCCGCCUUGGUGCGUGGUGAUUUGGCUGCAAAUGCACGAGUGCAAUUGGCCAGUCGUCCUAUGACUACCGUACCAAACGUCCAAACGGGGAUGUGUGACUGUAUUGAAAAGUUGUAGAGUGUAAUAAGUGUGUCCUCUCCCCUGUGCUUUGUUCAAAGAAUGUUGCUCCGAACAACAAGUAUGAUGUGCAUACACGUCUCGGGCGAUUUGCUAGUACAUAUUGGGUUGUGUAAUUGUGUUCGUCAGGAUCAUUCUCUGGGUUCGAAUGUAGAAUCCAGUAGCUCAUAAUAAAAU